AUGCCGGGCAUGAUGGAGAAGGGAGCCGAGCUGCUGGGGGCCGCCAAGAGCAGGGCAGGCCCCAACGGCGCCAAGAACGGAGGAGGCGGAGGCGCAGGCAGCCCUGGUUCCAACGGGCACUUCUCCGAGCCUGAAGCUGGCGGCGGCGCUGGUGGUGGCGGCGGCGGCGGAGGAGGAGGCGGUGACAGCGGCGACGAGCACGAUGUAGGAAUGAGAGUCGGAGCAGACUAUCAAGCUCGCAUCCCAGACUUUGAUCCUGGAGCUACAAAAUACACAGAUAAAGACAAUGGAGGGAUGCUUGUAUGGUCUCCAUAUCAUAGUAUUUCCGAUGCCAAACUGGAUGAAUACAUUGCAAUAGCAAAAGAAAAACAUGGCUACAAUGUGGAACAGGCACUUGGUAUGUUAUUCUGGCAUAAGCACAACAUUGAGAAGUCCCUUGCAGAUCUCCCAAAUUUUACCCCUUUUCCGGAUGAGUGGACAGUUGAAGAUAAAGUCCUCUUUGAGCAAGCCUUCAGUUUCCAUGGAAAAAGCUUUCACAGAAUCCAACAAAUGCUUCCAGACAAGACUAUUGCAAGCCUAGUAAAAUAUUACUACUCCUGGAAGAAAACCCGUUCUAGGACAAGUUUAAUGGACCGCCAGGCUAGGAAACUGGCUAAUAGAAAUAAUCAAGGUGACAGUGACGAUGAUGUGGAGGAUUCACAUCCAAUGGAUGGAAAUGAUAGUGAUUAUGAUCCCAAGAAGGAAACUAAAAAAGAGGGGACUAAUGAGCAACCUGUUCAAACUAGCAAAAUAGGAUUGGGCAGAAGAGAGUAUCAGAGUUUACAACAUCGUCAUCACUCCCAACGUUCUAAAUGUCGUCCUCCCAAAGGCAUGUACUUAACGCAAGAAGAUGUAGUAGCAGUUUCUUGUAGUCCCAAUGCAGCAAAUACACUUCUUAGGCAGUUGGAUAUGGAGUUGAUAUCGCUGAAGCGUCAGGUUCAGAAUGCUAAACAAGUUAAUAGUGCACUUAAGCAGAAAAUUGAAGGUGGGAUAGAAGAAUUCAAACCUCUUGAGGCAAGUAAAUGGGAAAUGCAGUCAAAUCAAAAAAUCAAUGCUCGUUGGACAACAGAAGAACAGCUUCUUGCAGUUCAAGGAGCUUGUGCAAACCCAGUGGCUGGAAUCCUGUUGGUAUCACAUUCAGGUGUCCGCAAAUAUGGUAAAGAUUUUCAAGCUAUUGCUGAUGUAAUUGGCAACAAGACUGUUGGUCAAGUGAAGAACUUCUUUGUAAACUACAGGCGUCGGUUUAACUUAGAGGAGGUAUUGCAGGAGUGGGAAGCAGAACAAGGAACCCUGGCUUCUAAUGGUGAUGCCUCUGCUUUAGGGGAGGACACAAAAAAUACUAAUGUGCCAUCAGGAAAGAGCACUGAUGAAGAAGAUGAGGCCCCGGUCCCACCGACCCCUCAGUGCCUAGGGCCUUCUCCGCCUGUCCAGCCACCUGCUCCAACACCAGCAACCCCUGUAACAACAUUGAACCAGCCUCCUCCGUUACUUCGUCCCACCCUCCCAGCAGCUCCAGCUCUCCAUCGUCAGCCUCCGCCUCUUCAGCAACAGGCUCGGUUUAUUCAGCCACGGCCAACGCUCAACCAACCCCCUCCUCCGCUUAUCCGCCCAGCUAAUUCCAUGCCGCCUCGUCUAAACCCAAGACCAGCAUUAUCUUCCACCGGCGGCCCACAGCCACCAUCGCUUAUUGGAAUCCAGACAGAAUCACAGUCCCCUCUGCACUAAAGACGUAAGGCAGGAACUAUGACAAACAGCAAAAUGUUAUCAGUGUCUGUUUUUCCUGAGAUAAUGAAGCAGGGAGGGGAGGGAAAGAAAGCCUUUUCAUAGUAUUUAAGCCAGUCUUACACAAAAGGGCAGUCUUACACAAAAGAGAAAUUAAUGAAUGGCUAUCUGUAUGAAAGAAACUUCCAUGCAGUAGAUUGUUACAGCAAAACCAUGUCUAUGAUGUUAGCCUUUUUGGCACAGCUAAUGUCUUUAGAAAAGAAAAAACUCCAUGCACUAAGACUUCAACUGAUUUUUACUCUUAUUUAUUUUAUAAAAUUCUUUAUAUUCAGCUACAUGGAAACCAUCCAUCUGGAGAGGGUAGGAGUUUAAACUUCAGUUUUGAAGUGGGCUGUGUAAACCUGAUAUAUUGGGGAAAUUAUUUUUACAUUUUCCUAUGUUAGGAGCACAAGCAUUAUAAACCUGCCAUUCAGAUUUUGACAGAUGAUCUAAUCAUACAUUUUUUAGGCUUGUAUUUUCUAGAUUUCUUUAUAAAUUGUUUCCCUUCAGUAUACCUGUAGGAAACGUCUCAUUGAAGAUUUGCAAAACUAUGGUACAAAAUAACUUAAACCUAUAUUUCUUGUCUUCUGAUACUGAAAGCAUGAUUUGCCAGUGCAAGAUCUGUGUUAAGCAGUGGAUGAGCCAGCAUCAUUGCUUUUAUGUUCAACAAAGAAAACUUAAAACCAGUAACAAUCUCUGCUACCAUGUGGCUACCAAAAUUGUCAUUGCCGUCUUUUUUUAAAUAAUAUUUGUAGUAUAACUUUUUAUCUGAAAUUUUAUUAUAUUACCUAAUAUCUGGCAAUAAAGAUUAGCAAGGAGUGGCCUGAUGAAUUCUACAGAUGCAACAUCAUUGUGGAAACAGUCAAAUGUUAAGAAUAACAUUGUUUCGUUCUCAGGCUGUCUUAGGCUGUUUUUGGUGUUCUUUGCCAGUGCAUCCCUCCUUUACCCUUUUUUAUUUGGUAUUAUAAAACAGAUACCAAAUCAUGCUUUACUUAAAUCAGGAAACAGAAUUGCAUCUCGGCAUUGGGUUGCUUAGCUUCAUUUUGGGUAAGAAAUGCAAAGCUAUUGAAGCCUUCUGCCUCCAUGAUAACAUGUGCAUUUCUUCUUUAUUGCCCAGCUGACUUCUCCACUUUCUACAAAAUAGUGGUGUUUUAACAUCCAGAGUUUAAGGUGAUUUCAUGUGCAGCAAAGUUGUACCAACCUUUUAUGUACUGCAUUUCACAGUUUUGAGUGUUACAACUUUUAGAUUUAUCCAUUAAAUGGAAUUUGCCAUUGACUUUCAAUUUUUAAUUUAAAAAAGAAAUCUUAUUUCAAUAGAUUUUCCUUUAAUUUGUAGUAUAUUGCAUUCAAUGUCCUUUUGUACUCUAGUCGCGAUAUUUGAUUUUAGAUACUGGUUUUUCACAGGAAGAAAUGCAAUGCUGUCAUUUGCCAGAAUUCUUGGUACUUCAUGACAUUAGAACUUUGGUUCUAAGGUCAUCAUUAACUCUCUGAAUUUAUCCAUCCUCUCAAACCUGUUUGUACAUUUUGGCAUAACUCUUUAAAUACCAAACUAUUAACGAUGCAUUUUCAGUAUUUAAGUAUGUAGAUCAGGUCUCCCAGUGACUGUAUUGUCCUUUUUUGCUAACUUUUUGUCUUGUCUCUUGUCGCUAGAACUUCCGUAUACAGAAGGUUGAGUGCUGCCAUGCAGAUGGCAAUUUUAGACUAUCAAACUGUAACUGGGCAGUUGUGUUUUUGGGUGAGAUAGGUAUGUAGUGUAAUAUUGCUUUACAUACGCUAUGCCACAGAGUAACGAAAUGUUUAGCAUUCGUAGUACUGAAUAUGUACAUAGCAAAAUGUUGUCCUUUUAAAAAAUUGUGUGCUUUCCAGAUUAUGUGCAUACAGCUUGCACGUCCUGUUUUGGGUAGGGGGUUGUGUUAAGCAGUGUUUUUGCCUGGAAGAGUGAUAUGCUUGCUGCUUAAUCAAAGAAUUAAAGUUUCCAAGGAAUCUGUGUCUAUUUUUAUGUACCUUGUAAUGGUUUAAAACGUUUAGAGCCCGUAUACUGUGAUUCUCUUCUAAAUUCAUUUAUAUUUUUUUAAAGAUUAGAAAUAAAACUAUAUGAUUUUUCAUUUGAAAGGGGUUUCCUUUUUUGCCAUACUAUUAAAAAAUCCAGCUUGACUUUGUACUGUUGAUACAAACCAAAAUUCUAUUCAUUUUAGUUUACUUUUUGUCACUUUAUGAAAUGUAAAAUGUUGCACUCCCUUUAAGUUGGGCAGAGAAAAUAUUUCUUACAUUGGUUUUGACAAAUGUAACUUUACAGCUCCUUUUAUGUACAGUUUUUCAGUUAUAAUAAAGAAAUAUAAAAACUUUUAA